AUGCAAGGUGAUAUACCCGCUAGUAUCCAAGUACUCAAUUACCGAGAGAAAUCUAUACUCUCGCCAGUCAAGCUAAUGACCAAAAUGACACGAAAAUACACCAGAAGAGGUAGAAUAAGUCAUUUUGAAAUAUCUGGUUACGUGCAAUUAAAGCACAAUUACGAGUUUGGAUCCAUGCUAUACGGCGGUAUGUUGGGUUUAGCCAUUCGUCGUGGAUCUCAUCUGCAACAAAUCAACAUGCAACGUGUACAGCAGGCAUAUCUCGAAUUAUGCGAUCACAAUCCAAUGUUACGUCAAUAA